GGCACCGCGCGGUCGCGGCGCUCCCCGCACGCGCGCGCGGCCAUGCAGUUGCGGGUCCCGGUGCGCGGCCCCGCGGCGCUGAAGGUGCUGGCGGCCGCCGGCGCCGCCGCCGCCCCGGUGCAGCUCGUGUGGGGCGGACCCAGCGAGCCGCCGCGGGCCCCGCUGAGGCCCCCGUGGGCGCCGGCGCUGGAGCUGGACAGCGGCACCGUCCUCUUCUCCCCCAACGCCAUCUGCCAGUUCUUCUUCCUGACCCGCGGGGACGAGCCCACCGACCUCAGCAACCAGUGGCUGGAGUGGGAGGCGACCGAGCUGCAGCCCGCGGCCACCGCCGCGCUCUACGCUCGGCUGGUGCUCGGCAGGACGGCGCUGGAGGCGGCGCAGGGCCUGGGGAAGCUGCUGACCCACAUCGAGCAGAGCUUGGCCAGGAGAGGCGCUGCCUUCCUUGCUGGGGACACCCCGUCAGUGGCUGAUGUGGUUGUGUGGGGCACCUUGUUCCCCAUCCUCCAGGAUGAGAACAGCUUGCCAAGUGAGCUGCAGGCACUGAGGACCUGGUUCCAGAGCAUGACGCUCUUGGAGGCUUGCAGGGAUGCUGCCGACUCUGUCCUGAUGCCCAAGGCGCUGCUGGAGUUCAAGUCCUACCUGCAGAAGCAGCCUCCACCCUGCCUGGCCAUGCAGAGAGCCACCAGUAACGAGCCCGAGGAGGAAGAAGGUUCCGAGCGUGCCCUGACAGAGGAGGAGAUCGCAGCUGCUGCGGACGCCUGGGCCCGUGGUGCUGCGGCGCUGCCCAAGCCCUGGCAGCCUCAGAAACCUGUGCUGCCUGUGGAGGGCAUGAGGAACGUCCUGAUCACCAGCGCCCUGCCCUAUGUGAACAACGUGCCCCACCUUGGCAACAUCAUUGGCUGCGUCCUCAGCGCUGACACCUUUGCCAGGUACUGCCGCCUGCGGAACUGGAACACGCUCUAUGUGUGCGGCACGGACGAGUACGGCACCGCCACCGAGACCAAGGCAGUGGAAGAGGGGCUGACGCCGCAGGAGAUCUGCAAUAAGUACCACACCAUCCACGCCGACAUCUACCGCUGGUUUGACAUCUCCUUCGACUGUUUCGGCCGCACCACCACACCGAGCCAGACCACGAUUGCCCAGGACAUCUUCCAGCGCCUGCUGGCGCGUGGGUUCCUGCUGCAGGACACGGUGGAGCAGCUGCGGUGCGAGGGCUGCCAGCGGUUCCUGGCCGACCGCUUCGUGGAGGGCACUUGCCCCUUCUGCAGCUACGAGGAGGCCCGCGGGGACCAGUGUGAUAAGUGUGGCAAACUCAUCAAUGCUGUGGAGCUGAAGAACCCGCAGUGCAAACUCUGCAGGGGUGUCCCCACAGUGAAGCCCACUCAGCACCUCUUCCUGGACCUCCCCAAGGUGAGCCUCAUCCCUGGGGGAGUGCAGAGGGGCUGGGGCACCCCUGGUACCACUGCCCACCCCUGUGUGCUCCCCCAACCCAGCUGGAGGAGCGGCUGGAGGCCUGGCUGGAGCAGUCCUGGGCCACAGGCGACUGGACGGCCAAUGCUCGCUACAUCACCCGCUCCUGGAUCCGGGAUGGGCUCAAACCGCGCUGCAUCACUCGCGACCUCAAGUGGGGCACACCGGUGCCCCUCGAUGGCUUCCGUGACAAGGUGGCUCCAGCCUGGCCCCUCGGUUGCGGUGCCUGUCCCAGGUGCCCUGCUCGGGGGCCCCCAUGCUCAACCUGUCACUCUCUCCCCCCAGGUCUUUUACGUGUGGUUUGAUGCACCCAUUGGGUACUUAUCCAUUACAGCCAACUACACCGACCAGUGGGAGAGGUGGUGGAAGAACCCACAGCAGGUUGAGCUCUACAACUUCAUGGCCAAAGACAAUGUUCCAUUCCACAGCGUCAUAUUCCCCUGCUCGCUCCUGGGUGCUGAUGACAACUACACCCUGGUGAACCACCUCAUUGCUACAGAGUAUCUGAACUACGAGGACGGGAAGUUUUCCAAGAGCCGGGGUGUGGGAGUGUUUGGGGACAUGGCCAAGGACACCGGCAUCCCUGCGGACAUCUGGCGCUUCUACCUGCUGUACCUGCGGCCUGAGGGGCAGGACAGCGCCUUCUCCUGGAGCGACCUCAUGCUCAAGAACAACUCGGAGCUGCUGAACAACCUGGGCAACUUCAUCAACAGAGCUGGCAUGUUUGUGUGCAAGUUCUUCGGUGGCACCGUCCCCAACAUGGUCCUGACGCCCGAUGACAAGCGGCUCUUGGCCCGUGUCACUCUGGAGCUGCGCCAGUACCACCAGCUGCUGGAGAAAGUCCGCAUCCGGGAAGCUCUGAGAUGUAUCCUCAGCAUCUCUCGCCACGGCAACCAGUACAUCCAGGUGAAUGAGCCCUGGAAGCGGAUCAAGGGGGACGAAAAGGACAGGCAGCACGCAGGUACCGUGACUGGUGUGGCUGUGAACAUGGCUUCCCUGCUGGCUGUCAUGCUGCAGCCCUACAUGCCCAGUGUCAGCUUGGCCAUCCAGGGGCAGCUCUGCAUCCCCCCGGACAGCUUCGUCCUGAGCCACGACUUCACCUGCACGCUGCCGCCCGGGCACCGUGUGGGCACUGUGAGCCCCCUUUUCCAGAAGCUGGAGAACGACCGGGUUGAAGCCCUGCGCAGACGCUUUGGGGGAGGGCAGCCUGAAGAUCUUGCUGUAGAGCCCCAGGCCAAACAGACACCCUCAGCCUCGCAACCUCCUCCAGCCCCCGAGACCCUCAUGGCGCCCAUUGACUCCCAGCGGCUCCAGGAGCUGACACAGGAGGUGGCCAGGCAGGGCAACCACGUUCGACAGCUGAAGGCCAACAAGGCAGAGAAGGCCCAGAUCGACAUGGAGGUGGCCAAACUGCUGGAGCUGAAGAAGCAGUUGGCACUAGCAGAGGGCAAAAGCCCUGAAGUCUCUGUGCCCAAGGGGAAGCAGAAGAAGUAGCACCAGGCUCCUCAGCGCUGGGAGCAGCCCUAGUGCUACCCAGAGACCACAAGGGCCGGUGGUUUGUGUCUGUAAUAAAAUGCAAAACCUAUACAAUCA